GGGGCCUUCUUCUCAAACCAUUUAGAACCCAAAGAUUCUUCUAUAAUUUUUCCCCAUCUCUCUUCAUUCACUACAACAAAUAAAGUCAAACUCCAAAUAAGAUUUUAUCCCACGGCCUAACUGUAAAGGUCGUUUCUCAUUUAAGCCUCUUACUUUCUUUUACAACACAACAAAACAUAUCACUCUCAGUCAUAUCGCAACCAUGGCUGAACGUUAUAUCCCAGAGCAUCGUCGAACUCAGUUCAAGGCAAAGAACACCUUCAAGCCUGAAGAAUUAAGACGUCGUCGCGAAGAACAACAAGUUGAGAUUAGAAAAGUCAAGCGUGAUGAGAAUCUUGCAAAGAGAAGAGGUAUUACAGCAGGAGAUGGAUCUUCACGCCCUGGUGCCUCUUUGGGUGCUGAGCCUGAUAGCGAUGAUGAUCAACCUCCCACAGAAAGUCAAUUGAACGAUGACCUCCCUUUGAUGGUACAAGGCGUAUUCUCGGAACAAAUCGAUGCACAAAUUCAAGCCACAACCAAAUUCAGAAAAUUACUUUCCAAAGAAAGAAACCCUCCUAUUGAAGAAGUUAUUAAGACUGGUGUCGUUUCACGAUUUGUCGAAUUCCUUCGUUCUCCUCAUACACUUGUACAAUUCGAGGCAGCAUGGGCUCUUACAAAUAUCGCAUCUGGUUCCGCUCAACAAACUCAAGUUGUCAUUGAAGCUGGUGCCGUUCCAAUUUUCGUCGAAUUACUCGGAAGUCACGAACCAGAUGUUAGAGAACAAGCUGUCUGGGCUUUGGGAAAUAUUGCUGGUGAUAGCCCAUCAUGCAGAGAUUAUGUUUUGGGUUGCGGUGCUCUUAAACCUCUUCUCGCCCUUUUGGGUGAUAGCAGAAAAUUGAGCAUGCUCCGUAAUGCUACCUGGACUCUUAGCAACUUCUGCCGUGGAAAGACACCACAACCUGACUGGACCACCCAGAUCUUACCCGCUCUGCCAGUUUUGGCCAAACUUGUUUAUUCUUUGGAUGAUGAAGUUUUAAUUGAUGCUUGUUGGGCAAUUUCAUACCUCUCCGAUGGCGCCAAUGAUAAGAUCCAAGCUGUCAUCGAAGCCGGUAUCCCUCGUCGCCUUGUGGAAUUGUUGAUGCACGCCUCUACCUCGGUGCAAACUCCUGCCCUUCGUUCUGUUGGAAACAUUGUCACUGGUGAUGAUGUUCAAACCCAAGUUAUCAUCAACUGUGGUGCUCUCCCAGCCUUGUUGUCCCUCUUGAGCUCAGGAAAGGACGGUAUCAGAAAGGAAGCCUGCUGGACUAUUUCCAACGUCACUGCUGGUAACUCCACCCAGAUUCAAGCAGUUAUCGAUGCCAACAUUAUCCCACCUCUCAUCCACCUCUUGUCCAACGGUGACCUCAAGACCCGCAAGGAAGCUUGUUGGGCAAUCUCCAAUGCUACCUCCGGCGGUCUUCAAAAGCCAGAGCAGAUUCGUUACUUGGUUAACCAAGGUUGUAUCAAGCCACUUUGCGAUCUUUUGGCCUGCCCGGAUAACAAGAUUAUUCAAGUCGCUCUUGAUGGUCUUGAGAAUAUCUUGAAGGUUGGUGAGAUGGAUAAGGAUGCUGCUGGAGAAGGAACUGAAAGCAUUAACCGAUACGCUUUGUUCAUCGAAGAAUGCCACGGUAUGGAGAAGAUUCACGACUGCCAAACCAAUGCAAAUGAGGAGAUCUACAUGAAGGCAUACAACAUGAUUGAGAAAUACUUCUCUGAUGAGGAAGAAGGUGCUGAUGAUGGACAACCACAAAUCGCUGGUAAUACCUUCGGUUUCGGUACCAAUGGAGAACAAUCCGGUAACUUCAACUUCGCCAAUGGUGGGGAUACGAUGGAUAUGUAAACAUCUUUAAAGAGUCAACAAAUCCUCUAGCCUUUAGCUAUUCUUUCUAUCCAGAAAAAUCCUCUAAUACGACUUCUAAUAACAAAUUGACAUUGUUGUCACGAACAACAGAUCGGACCUUAAAGUUCUGGCACCGAUACUACUUUUCAAUCUGCGAAUGCGAAUCCAAAACACGUCAAAUUUUUAUCCACCUUAAAGCAUAUUUUCCCCCACGAUGUGACCAACGAUCAGCGAAAGAUUCACCAUCAUGUAUUUCCCCUUUCCUACUGUUUUUAAACAACACCGGCACAUCAAAGGCGUUUUUGCUUACUCUUUCUCUGGGGGUUUUUUUUAACCCGUCUGUUAUUUCUCUUCCCCAAACUCAAAGUUUCUACGACAUCGAGACAUGGUAGCUUGAAAGCGACAUGAUUCUCUCCCGGAGUCAAGAUAAAUGAUUUUUUAUGCAAGUGACACGUUAGUAUGAUACGAUGUGUGAUGAGAAUGGUAGCUUGAAAGCUCCUACUCUGAAUGAGAUGAUGUGAUGAGGUUUGAGAUGAUUGACGGAUCAUCUGAGUGGAUAGGCAUAUUAUGAUGCCAUUCAUAUAGGGGGGUAGAUAGAAGUCGUGUCUAAGAGGAAACGAAGAAAGAAUGGAGGUGGGGGUGGCGGUGGAUAAGAUAACAUCACAAACAAGAUAUCAUAUGAAUAAAUGGUUGAUUGAUUA